AUGUCCGACUACGAGUUCCUACCCUUUGAGAUUUGCUGUAUGAUAUUCGACUAUCUCAGUGUGGCAGAUUUAAAGAAUGCUUCCCUUACCUGCCGUCGCUGGUGUCACAUCAUCUUUUCCGACAGCUACAUCCGACGGUUCAUGCUUAAGAUUAACCUGCACCGAUCGGACCAGUCCAAGCUGGUCAAGUCAAAUGGCACACUGGUGACGGGUGACGGGCGAUCGUCUCGGGUCUCCGUACCAAGUUCCUUUCCUUGCUCGCUGUACCAACGCUGUCGGAUGGGAAAGGUCAAGUCCAAAUGCGAGCUGCGCCAAAUGUCUCUCGUGCUAAGACGAUCCUGUCGACACUACAGCAACAUAACGUUCGUCUGCGACAAUCGAAGUGAAUUUACAGACAACGUUUUCAACGUCAUUCUGAAUCUACUGAGACCAAGCGGCUUAGAGCGGGUGGAACUGUUGAAAAUUAUUCUUUCCUCAAAUUUAAAUGUUCUCAUUACGAUACUGAAUAGUGCCAUUAGAAAUAUGAUAAGGUUGAAGAGUUUCCAUCUAAUUUACGAUCCGCAGCGUAGACUACAGUGUGGCGAUCAGAUUAGACCAUGCAUAAUUAUAGAGAGCCCAACCAUCACACACGUUGAACUGAAGUCGGUUAUUCCGGAGCAAAUCAAGCUACCGAAGCUGAAUUCAUUGAAUGUCAGUCUACAACCGGGAAUAGCGAGCAUUAUCGAAAGCGUUGCUGAAAAUCUCAUAACGCUACAAUUGCAGCUAGACUGCUCGACAGCUAAUUGCGGCGAAAAGGAAAUCUACGCCCUAACACUGGAUCGUCUGAAAGUACUUAAACUAAGCAGGGGGAUCAUGAACGAAUUCAGCUUUCCCAUUCCCGUCAGCUCAAACCGACCGGGGCUCAAGCUACGUUUCUUCCGACACCUGGAUAAGCUCGAGAAACUGAUUCUGGAGGAAAAGUACACGGCGGAAAACAUUUUUCUCGCCAUCUGCGAAACAUCGCGCAAUCUAGUAGAGCUCAAAAUAGAUCAUCUGAAAGUCAUCAACUGCGCCGUUCUGGAUAGACUAUCACUGUUACCGAAUCUUAAGAUACUUGCUCUGCCGAAUAUUUAUUCCUCGCACGAGAUCUCCUUUCACAACGUCUACCUGCCCAGGUUGGAAAAUCUCCACCUGGAAAUCUACAAGGAUUCCACGCACUCGUUCUGUAAGUUUGUUAAUCUGAAAUGUCUGACAAUCGGGUCGUACUCCUCGCAGGCACCGGAAGUGAUCGACAUCAUCUCGAUGUACAUCCAGCAGCUGCGCGAACUGCGGCUGUACUUUCUGGACUACGCGGACGUUUCUUCGCGCACAUUCCGCAAGCUGGCCUACCUGGGCCAGCUGCGCAAGCUGGAACUGCUCAAGGGCUACCUGCGGCGGGAUGUGUUCAGCCGUUGUCCGCCCGGGCUCAGCGAGUUGGAAGUGAUCCUGUUCAAGUUCUGCCAGCUGGAUACGCAGUACUUCGACGGGCUGCGCGAGCGCUUUCCCAAGCUGAAGGAUGUUCGCUUCGAGGAUUGCAUGGUACGUGGGCAGUUGCCUUGUCCGGAGAUGUGGCUUAGUUAUCGUUAA